AUGACGUCCAUGGCCGCAUCACUGCAGGCGUCGCUGCCCAAGCCGAAAUACACCGGAGAGGAUGAAGAGGCGCCGUCGCGGGCGCAGCAGCGCGGGCCUCGCAUCGUAGGGCCGGGCCAGCUAGACGAGACGCAAAUCGUCCUCAAGCGCAGCGGCCCUCCCCCGUACGGCCAGCGAGCGGGAUGGCGGCCUCGCUCGCAGGAGGACUUUGGCGAUGGCGGCGCAUUCCCCGAGAUCCCCAUUGCCCAGUACCCGCUGGACAUGGGCAAGAAGGGCGCCAAGACGAGCAAUGCCCUGGCGCUGCAGGUCGAUGCCGAGGGCAAGGUCAAGUACGACGCGAUCGCGAGGCAGGGACACGGCGAGGGGCGCAUCAUCCACACAUCCUUCAAGGACCUCAUCCCGCUGAGGCAGCGAGCCGAUGCUGGGGAGAUUGAUCUGUCGCGUCCAGACAAGGAGUCGGUCGAAGCGACGACGGAGAGGACCAAGAACGCGUUGGCAGCUCUCGUCAGCGGAGCCGUGGCGGCGCAGAAGCCCAAGAACCUCAACAUCGGACAGCGAAAGGACCCGACCUUUGUGCGAUACACGCCGGCAAACCAGAUGGGCGACAACUCGAAGAAGCAGGACCGCAUCAUGAAGAUUGUCGAGCGGCAGCGAGAUCCCAUGGAGCCUCCGAAGUUCAAACACAAAAAGAUUCCCCGCGGCCCCCCGUCACCACCUCCUCCCGUCAUGCACUCGCCACCGCGAAAACUCACCGCCGAAGACCAAGAGAUGUGGAGGAUCCCGCCCCCCGUGUCGAACUGGAAGAACCCCAAGGGUUUUACGGUGCCGCUGGACAAGCGCUUGGCUGCAGACGGACGAGGCUUACAGGAUAUUACAAUCAACGACAAGCACGCACAGUUCGCGGAGGCGAUCAAAAUGGCCGAGCGCCAUGCCCGAGAAGAGGUCCAGCAGAGAGCUCUCAUGCAACAGCGGCUGGCGGAGAAGGAAAAGAUGCAGAAGGAAGAAAACCUACGGGCUCUGGCCCAGAAGGCGCGGGAGGACCGAGCUGCAGCUGGUCGACGCUCCAGAUCACCAUCACGGUCUAGCUACAGUGGCUCAGAGUCUAGAGGUUCCGAUAGCGAGGACUCAGAAGUUCGGGCCCGAGAAAGGGCACGAAGAGAGAAGCGGAAGGAAGAAGAGCGGAAACUGCGUCAAACACGAAUGGGCGCCGAGCGGCGUAUCCAGGUUAUGGCCCGGGAGCAAAAUCGAGACAUUUCCGAGAAGAUUGCUCUGGGCAUAGCCAAGCCUUCACAGUCCAAGGAAACGAUGUACGACUCACGGCUGUUUAACCAGUCCAGCGGGUUCGACAGCGGAUUCAACGAGGACAAUCCGUACGACAAGCCCCUUUUUGCCGCUCAGGAUGCCAUCAACAGCAUCUACCGGCCGCGAGCAAACCUGGACGACGAGGAUGCGGAAGCGGGUGACCGGGAGAUGGCCAAGAUUCAAAAGUCAAGCCGGUUCGGUGAGGCGCUGGGCAAGGGCACCUUUAAGGGGGCCAGCGAAGCAGAGGCACGAGAGGGACCGGUGCAAUUCGAGAAGGACGCUGCCGACCCGUUCAACGUGGACAAGUUUUUGUCCGAGGUGGACCAGAACUCAUCUUCGAAGCGAGGAUACGGGCUGCAGGACGAGGAGAGGAGGGCCAAGAAGGCUCGCGUGGAGGAGGAUGACGAUUAG